AAGAGCAAAGGCUGUAAGGAGAAAGCAGAAAACCCCAAAAAGUGUGGAAGCUGACAGAUUAAAGAACAAGUCAAGAGUGUGCCAGUGAUACUGUUCAAGCCAUGUCUUCUAUGGAGAACUUGGUCAAAUCCAUCAGUUCCCUUUCAAGACGUUGUACACCAGUGGAUGGGGAAACUCCGCUGCCAGAGGCCCUGAAUUCAAAGGACACUAUGAAGCAGUUUCUUUCAGAUCGUGUUGUAAAGGCAGCGAAAUCGGUGUAUAAUGUCCUGAUCGAGGGGAACCCAGGUCUGAUCAGAGACAGAAAGCAUCACCUCAAAACAUACAGACAAUGCUGUUCUGGUAAGGAACUUGUUGAUUGGCUGAUGAAACAAAAUGAAUGCCUGCAAUCAAGAAGUCAAGCAGUUGGAAUGUGGCAAGUCUUGGUGGAUGAAGGAAUCCUUGUUCAUGUGAAACAUGAGUUGAACAUCCAUGACAAGGACACCCAGUUCUACCGCUUCCAGGACUCAGAGUUUGGCCUGAACCACAUAACAAAUGAGAAGGACUCAGAGGACGAGCUGCAGGAGAGUCUGUCGCUGUUGUCUCAGCUGGGUCCCGAUGCUCUGCUCACUAUGAUUCUACGCAAAUGCCCCAGUCUGAGGAGUGCUGAGGACCUGGAGGUCAUCUAUGAGGAGCUGCUCCAUGUCAAGGCAGCAGCUCAUCUCUCCACCUCUGUGCGUAAGGAGCUGGCAACGGUGUUGGUCUUUGAAUCACAUGCCAAGGCCGGGACAGUCUUAUUCAGUCAGGGGGACAAAGGCACUUCUUGGUACAUCAUCUGGAAAGGCUCCGUAAAUGUGAUCACACAUGGGAAGGGCCUGGUAACUACGCUACAUGAGGGUGAAGACUUCGGACAGCUAGCUUUGCUGAAUGAUGCCCCUCGUGCUGCCACCAUCAUCUUGAGAGAAGACAACUGCCAUUUCCUCCGUGUUGAUAAACAGGACUUUAUACACAUCCUCAAGGAUGUGGAAGCAAAUACAGUGCGUCUUGAAGAGCAUGGGAAAACUGUGCUAGUGUUGGAGAAGAGGACCGACUGGGCCGAGCAGGGAGGGGCAGGAAACAGCAAGUACACAGUUAUGUCAGGAACACCUGAGAAAAUCCUAGAGCACUUAUUGGAAACAGUAAAGUUGGACUCCAACGGAAACGAUGCAAUAGAUCCCUGUGUGAGCGACUUUCUGCUCACCCACAAAGUCUUCAUGCCCACCAGCCAGAUGUGUACCGCACUACAGCACCACUAUAAGGCUGAGCUCUCUGAGGGUUCAGAUCAGGAGAAGGCUUCCUACAUUCUCAGCACCAAGCAGAAGGUAGUGAAGCUGAUUGGCCAGUGGGUGGCGCUGUAUGGCCUUAUGCUGAAAGAAGACCCCAUUGCUUUGGACUCUCUGGAGAGGUUGAAGAAGGAGGUGGCAGGAGAUUUCCGUCUGUUAAGCAUGCUGAAAGAUCAAUUCAGAGAAAGGAGAAGAACAAAAGUAUUGGAGAAUGGAUAUCAGUCACUGAGCAGGAAUCAGCAAUUUGAUUGGUUUUCAAACUGCGAGGAGCCAGUGGGGAAGUUAAAACCAAUCAGAGCACAAGAUAAAGUGCUGUAUGAGAUCUACAGGCCAGACAACAAACCUCUCACUCUGAUGCUCCCAGUGAACAAGUCUGUACAGGAUGUGAUGUCAGCUAUAGUCAAACCUGGCGGAGAUCACGUCCUUGUAAAAAUGAACUCCACAGGAGAAAGAGCUCAGUUAAAGCUGGAUGCGGCUGCAGUCUACACAGCUCUGGGACUCAACGAGAGGCUGUUCAUCUGCACAAGCAUCCAAGUGGAAAAACUGAUACCACUGAAGGAGCAGCAAGGUCCAGACCGAGGAACAUCUGACAUCCUCGAACAGAUGGGCUCUAAAGAUAUCGCCAAUGAACUCACCAACUAUGACUGGGAACUGUUCACUGCCAUGCAUGAGGUGGAGCUCGUCUACUACAUAUUCGGCCGUCAUAAAUUCCCCGGUGCCAUCACGGCUAACCUGGAGCGGUUUGUGCGUCGCUUCAAUGAGGUGCAGUACUGGGUGGUGACCGAGCUGUGCCUCUGUGAAGAUCUGGUGAAACGAGCCAUUCUGCUCAAGAAGUUCAUAAAGAUUGCCGCAGUAUUAAAGGAGCAGAAGAAUCUCAAUUCGUUCUUCGCUGUGAUGUUCGGUUUGAGCAACAGUGCAGUACACAGGCUUUACAAGACCUGGGAGAGAAUACCCAGCAAGACAAAAAGAAUUUACUGUGCUUAUGAGAGGUUGAUGGAUCCAUCACGCAACCACAGGGCCUACAGACUGGCUGUGGCCAAACUCAGUCCUCCUUACAUCCCCUUCAUGCCUCUGCUGCUCAAAGACAUGACAUUCAUCAAUGAGGGAAAUCCAAACUAUGUAGACAAAUUGGUCAAUUUUGAGAAAGUGCGCAUGAUUGCCAAGACAGUUAAAAUUGUACGAGGAUGCAGGAGCCAGCCUUAUGUGCCUUCGUCUCCACAGAGGGGUUUGGCAGAUCGGAUGUUUCUAGAAGGGCCUUCAUCUCGCCUAUCUACAUACUCCGACCUCGGCCUUCCUCUGCGGAGUCCCAGCAACAUCCGACACUACAUUCAGAACCUGAAAGUGAUUGACAACCAGCGCAAGCUAACGCAGCUAUCAAGAACAAUAGAAUGCUAGGGCAUUCAGCCACAAAUACAGUACAAAGACUGUAAAGCUCUACCGCACGUGAACCAGAGAACGGACUAAAGCUGGUCUAACAAAACAUCCACAGACGCCUCAAUAAGAUGGAUGUCUGGCGGUGUUGAGUGCAGGGGAUUCACUUUUAUUCAAGGAGCUUGGACUUUGAUUGAUGAGCUUUCUGCACAGCAUCAAGAGUGAAAAAGUGCUGUUUGCACAGUUAUAACCUCUAAUGAUGGACCAGAGACUCCAAUUCUGUGUCUAAAGGGACUUGUUGGACGCUUUGUUUUUAUCCAAAUAGCCUUACAGCAGAGCGUGUGCCACAGUGGAAACCUAUCCCCUUACAAAGGCAGUGUUAAAGCAUGUACAGCUAAGCAAAGUAUGCCUGUCUCUGGUGUAAAAGAUCAUUAAUGUGACAUUUUGUGUAGACCUUUUCAAACUGACAACAUUGACAUUCUAAAUGGGCCCAUUUGUAUUUUCUGUUGCAAUGUUUGUUAAUGCAGUACCUAACAGGAUGUAAAAACUUAGACCAAAGCUGUUGCCCUAGCAACAGAGUGGCAAUGAGAAGGUCCAUACUGCUGUCUGUGGAAGGAUCCCUUGUGUGGAUCUACAAAAUGGCCAUAAGAACACAAACUACAGAUCUUUGCCUUAGUUUAUCACUUUAGGUCAGUUUUUUGUGCACUAGUAUUUCCACAUUAAAACUAAUAUAUUGUAUCAGAUCAUUCUUUCUGGGCAAAGAUGCAAGUGACAUGCAUAUAAUUUCAUACAAUGUUGUUUUCUAAAUAAAUUAUU